AUGAGCACCACUGCACUGUCUUCCGCAAAGAAUGCACGGAGCCCGGGCUCCAACGCCGCCGUCUCACCUGGGAGUAAGUUGGCGAGCCUGCGUGAGGGCGCAUCAACGGGUGUGGCGAAGGAUGAGGCGGAAAGUGCUGCUCUCGGAGGACUGGCAGGAGGAGACGCUGAAGGAUUGGCAGCAGGAGCUAUGUCAGGACUAGCGGAAACGGCGACUGAAGCUGCCGCCGAUGAGUUGGGUGAUGCCGCAUCUGAGGACCAGGCAAAUUUCUUUUCUGAGAAGUUAGUCGAAGUCAUCCCCCAGUGCAAUGAAAUCGAAGGGGAAAGGGAUCUUAAUGGUGAACUUUUGGGGGAGGAGGCCCCGCGAACGGAUGAAGGUGACGUCAAUAAUGUGGGGUGCUCGAGUGCGGCUGAGUCGCUGCCCCAAGAAGAAGUGGAAGAAACCGAGGAGCAGAUUAUUAUUCGGCUGCAGAAGGAGCUGAGGGAAUUCGAAGCAUAUGAGAAAGAGAUGCAGCCAAACCUGAACAUAUACGAAGAUAUCAUCGAACUCCGACGAGAAGCUGAGCAACUGGAGGAUGACAGGAAGCGCGCAUUGCUUCAGAUUGAUCUUGGUGAUAUAUCCUCUUACUACGACGGUGAUGUGGAACGGGAGGUGGAGGAGCUGGAGGCAGCAGUGGAGAAUUCAUAUUUACAAGCCUGCUGGACGAAAGAGCGCCAACGAUACAUCGCAAGGAACGAGACGGACCUUCCUGAGUGGUGGCGUGUAAAUGUCAAAGACUUGCCAUCUCGUCUGAAGGAUGCCAGAGCAUCAUUUGAUUCAAGUAAUCGUGUUGCCCAAGACUUAUAUCGUGCCCACGAGGUGAAGGUGAACGCUACCACCGACUCUCGUGACAAGGCAAAAGCUGAAAUAUUUAAUGGGAUGAAGGCUGAAAUUGAGGCUACGAAGGGAGAACGUGAACGUCUACGGCAACUGCAGAAGGAUCAGUUGUUCCAUUUACGCCGUGGUACUCACGUGAAGGAUCAGUUGUUGACCACGACGAAGGAAAGAGACAUUCGUGAGGCACGCGUGGCUGACAUGGAAAGUAAGUUGGUGCAACAGCGGUAUGCCUUAAAUAAUGAGAUGAAGGAGUUGAAUGGAGACAUUGAAGGGUUAAAGCGUUUGUUGACUGAUCAAAAGCACGCUUCUCGGGAGACAUUGGAAACGCUGAAGAAGCAGCAUGUGGCUGUCGAUAGCAGCAGAGGAGAACUAUCGGAGGCUCGCGAGAAGUACGAACGCGAAAAUUCGGAGUUGAUGCUGCUGAAGCAUGACCUGCAGACCGUUCUUCACUAUAUCAGGGUCCGUGCGCGGGAGGCCGACAAAUAG